UCCCUCCCUCCCAUAACUCUCUCUCUCUCUCUCUGUAAGUAAAAACCCAAACAUUUCAAACUUUCUCUGUCCCUCCCUUUUAACCCUCUCACUCUCGCUCUCUAGAUUCUUCUCUCUUUCUCUCUCAUAGGGUUUCUGCCAAGGAGAAGAUUCAGCUAAGCUUUACUGGGGAAUAGCAAGGAAAUAUACUUUCCCGUAGUUAACCAUGGAUCACUCAGAACAAACACUACAGCAACAGCAGCAGCCUGUGGAUGGUGCCGUAGCAAGUUCUGGCCAAAUGGCAUCAUAUGCUCCUUCGUCCUGUCAAACUGCUCCCAUAGUGGCUUCUGGAACUCUUGCAGUGGCCGUCACUUCCCCAUCGCAGGCCCCCACCACUUUCCCUGAUCCGUCACAUCAGCUUGCCUACCAGAAAAUACAGCACUUUCCCCACCGCCAACAGGUGCAGCUUCAAGAGUUCUGGUCCGACCAAAUGCAAGACGUUGAGAAAGCAUCCGACUUCAAGAAUCACAGCCUUCCACUUGCUAGAAUUAAGAAAAUAAUGAAAGCUGAUGAGGAUGUUCGAAUGAUAUCUGCCGAGGCUCCAGUUGUAUUUGCAAAGGCAUGUGAAAUAUUCAUAUUGGAGCUGACUUUGCGCUCAUGGAUUCACACAGAGGAGAACAAAAGGAGGACAUUACAAAAGAAUGAUAUCGCAGCUGCUAUUUCAAGGACUGACGUCUUUGACUUUUUGGUUGAUAUUAUCCCAAGAGAUGAGUUGAAGGAAGAGGGGCUCGGAGUGACCAAGGCUACCCUCCCGGUGGUGGGUUCCCCAGCAGAUGUUCCGUACUAUUAUGUUCCACCGCAGCAUCCAGUGGGAGCUCCUGGGAUGAUCAUGGGGAAGCCAGUUGAUCAACCAGCACUGUAUGCUGCUCAACAGCCUAGACCACCUGUGGCUUUCAUGCCGUGGGCUCAGUCUCAACCUCAACAGCCGCAGCAACAGCAACAAGAAGCCCAACAGCAGCAGGCAGAUACUUAAUGUUGAUGAUUCUGGCCAAGCUAAUGUCAAAUCUGUUCCCGGGCAUAGCAUCUUAUCGUUAGAGAUGAGUUUUAGGUUGGAUUAGUUGCCGAAUAUGACACUACACCUUACUGGAUUGUGCAGUGAACUAAUGUUAGGUUGUAUUGUGUAUGUGCUUGUAUUGCUACUGAUGUGAAGUUUUACGUUAUCGCGUGUUAUUAUCUCGGCCUGUUCCUUUC